UGGAAUUUUAACCUGUUCUUUCCUUUGGUGCUGCUGCUGGUCUGCCUGGGAGGCUGCAGUCGUGUUUCCAGCAACCAAGUUGUAUUGCUUGAUACAACCACUGCAAUUGGAGAGCUGGGAUGGAAAACCUAUCCUCUAAAUGGGUGGGAUGCUAUAACAGAAAUGGAUGAAUAUAAUCGUCCUAUCCACACAUACCAGGUAUGUAAUGUUAUGGAACCCAACCAAAACAACUGGCUUCGUACAAAUUGGAUCUCACGUGAUGCUGCCCAGAAAAUUUAUGUGGAAAUGAAAUUUACACUGAGGGACUGCAACAGCAUUCCAUGGGUGCUGGGGACAUGCAAAGAAACAUUCAACCUUUACUAUCUGGAAUCAGAUGAAUCCCAUGGAAUUAAAUUCAAGCCAAACCAAUACAGCAAAAUUGAUACUAUUGCAGCUGAUGAAAGUUUUACUCAGAUGGAUUUGGGAGAUCGCAUCCUGAAACUGAAUACAGAAGUUCGUGAAGUGGGACCAAUAAACCGAAAAGGAUUUUUUCUUGCCUUUCAAGAUAUUGGAGCAUGCAUUGCUUUGGUUUCUGUCCGUGUUUACUACAAAAAGUGUCCUUUCACUGUUCGGAACUUGGCUAUGUUUCCUGACACCAUUCCAAGGGUUGAUUCUUCUUCUUUAGUGGAAGUACGAGGUUCUUGUGUGAAGAGUGCUGAAGAACGGGAUACUCCAAAGUUAUAUUGUGGAGCUGAUGGGGACUGGCUAGUUCCUCUAGGACGAUGCAUAUGCAGUGUUGGUUAUGAAGAAGUGGAUGGUUCAUGCCAUGCUUGCCGGUCAGGAUUCUAUAAAGCAUUUGCUGGAAAUAUAAAGUGUUCCAAGUGUCCUCCACACAGCCAAACCUUUGUGCAAGCAACAUCUGUAUGCCAGUGUGAAAAAGGUUACUUCCGAGCUGAUAAGGAUCCACCAACUAUGGCAUGUACCCGACCACCUUCUGCUCCAAGGAAUGUCAUCUUUAACAUAAAUGAAACAGCUCUUAUGUUGGAAUGGAGUACACCAAGUGACACAGGAGGGAGAAAAGACCUUACCUAUAAUGUCAUUUGUAAAAAAUGUGGAUCUGAUACCAGGCGGUGUGAGAUUUGUGGAGGAGGAAUCCGAUUUGUUCCAAGACAUAGUGGGCUUAUAAAUUCUUCAGUGACUGUGCUUGAUUUUGUGUCCCAUGUGAACUACACUUUUGAAAUAGAAGCCAUGAAUGGUGUUUCUGAAUUAAGCUUUUCACCAAAGCAGUUCACAGCCAUCACAAUUACCACAGAUCAAAAUGCACCCUCCUUGAUAGGUAUGGUCAGGAAGGACUGGGCUUCUCAAAACAGCAUUGCCCUCUCAUGGCAAGAGCCUGCUUUUCCUAAUGGAGCCAUUCUGGACUACGAGAUCAAGUACUAUGAGAAAGAGAAUGAACAGCUCAGCUAUUCUUCCACAAGGUCAAAGGCUCCAAGUGUCAUUGUCACAGGUCUCAAACCAGCCACCAAGUACAUAUUUCAUAUCAGACUCAGGACUACAACAGGAUACAGUGGCUAUAGUCAGAAGUUUGAAUUUGAAACUGGAGAUGAAACUUCAGAUAUAGCAGCAGAACAAGGGCAGAUUCUGGUCAUUGCCACAGCUGCUGUGGGUGGAUUCACUCUUCUAGUCAUUCUCACUCUUUUCUUCCUCAUUACUGGAAGAUGCCAGUGGUAUAUCAAGGCAAAAAUGAAGUCUGAAGAAAAACGAAGAAAUAAUUUGCAAAAUGGAAACUUACGACUACCAGGAACCAAAACAUAUAUUGAUCCAGAUACUUAUGAAGAUCCAUCCCUAGCUGUUCAUGAGUUUGCAAAGGAGAUAGAUCCAACAAGAAUUCGUAUUGAGAGAGUUAUUGGGGCAGGUGAAUUUGGAGAAGUCUGCAGUGGUCGCCUAAAAACACCUGGGAAAAGAGAGAUUCCUGUAGCCAUUAAAACUUUGAAAGGUGGACAUGUGGAAAGGCAGAGAUGGGAUUUCCUACGAGAAGCUAGUAUCAUGGGACAAUUUGAUCAUCCAAAUAUUAUUCGCCUUGAAGGAGUUGUCACAAAGAGACCAUUCCCGGCCAUUGGGUUCCAGUCUCUUUGCCCAAGAUUCCUGAGGGAAGGAUUCUUAAAUAACAUUGCAGCCCCACAUCCUUUGUCAGGGGGAGGAUCUUUACCCUCCAGGAUUUUCUCCGGUAGACCACUAAUGAUAGUGGUUGAAUACAUGGAGAAUGGAUCCCUUGACUCCUUUCUACGGAAACAUGAUGGCCACUUCACAGUCAUCCAGCUUGUUGGGAUGCUUCGUGGAAUUGCUUCUGGCAUGAAAUAUCUCUCAGAUCUGGGUUAUGUACAUCGGGACUUGGCAGCUCGGAAUAUUUUGGUCAACAGUAAUCUUAUGUGCAAAGUCUCUGAUUUUGGAUUAUCACGGGUACUAGAGGAUGAUCCUGAGGCAGCUUACACAACAACUGGUGGAAAAAUACCAAUAAGAUGGACUGCUCCUGAAGCUAUAGCCUACAGGAAAUUUUCUUCUGCAAGCGAUUCAUGGAGUUAUGGAAUUGUCAUGUGGGAAGUAAUGUCAUAUGGAGAAAGACCAUAUUGGGAGAUGUCUAAUCAGGAUGUCAUUCUGUCCAUCGAAGAAGGAUAUAGGCUUCCAGCUCCCAUGGGCUGUCCAGCUGCCCUCCAUCAACUAAUGCUUCAUUGCUGGCAAAAGGAAAGAAGCCAUCGGCCAAAGUUCAUCGACAUUGUCAGCUUCUUAGACAAAUUGAUACGAAACCCCAGCUCUCUUCAUACUUUAGUCGAGGAUGUACUAAUAAUGCCAGAUUCACCUGGCGAAAUUCCAGAAUAUCCCUUCUUUGUAUCAGUCAAUGAUUGGCUGGACUCAAUAAAAAUGGGCCAAUACAAAACUAAUUUCAUGGCAGCAGGGUACACAUCUAUGGAUCUUGUUUCAAGAAUGAGUAUUGAUGACAUUAGAAGAAUUGGAGUUGCUCUUAUUGGACAUCAGAGACGAAUAGUGAGCAGUUUACAGACUUUACGGUUACACAUGAUGCACAUACAGGACAAAGGAUUUCAUGUAUGAAAAUUCUAGAAGCAACUGUGUUUUGUGCCUCAGCAUUUCUAAAAUGGAAAAUACUCUCACUCCUUCUUUCUUCCCAGCUUCAAAAACUGCAACUUCUUCAUACUAUAAACACAAAUAUUUAUGUUAAUUCUUCCAGCUUGGAAUUUUUACUUACAUUACAUAGUUCCAUCCUCAAUUAACUGAUGGUAACAUCCUGGCCACUACUAAAAGACUGUUGCUAUAUGAUGUUGAAUAGUUUGGCAUGGAUGUAUAACUUUAUAUAACAGUAAAGUAUUCAGAAAACUUUCAUCAACUUUUUUGAAAGUGAAGGCUUUCUUGGCUUGGAAUUGCUACCUUCUUGAUGUAUUAGAGUUUGAUGGUAAAUUACUAAAUAAUAAUAAUAACAACAAUAAUGAUAGACAUUUAUUUCCAUGUUUUGUGACAUUUUAGCUUCCAAUAUAAAAUGUGCAAUCAAGAAAAGAACUUGACACAUGUAUUUGUUUUAUUGCUUACCAAAUCUGAAAUGUAGGGUUUUAUUACUACAUUUAUUUUGUAAUUAUUACAUUUAGUUUAUGACAACUGAUAUGCUAGAAUGGAAGCAUAAAACCUCUUGGCCAAAAUGAACAAUUAAAAGUUUAUAAUGAAUUUUUAGGUAAACAGAUGUUUACAGAAUUUGUGUAUAAACAGAUAAAGUGAUUUAUUGGCAAAGACCAUCAUCAUAUUUUUGUGAUGCCAAGUGUUUAAAUGUAUUUGUUUGAACAUCAGAUUUUUCUGUCUUAGAAAAUUUAGAGUACAUUGCCAAACAAAUUUAACCAUUGAGUAGUUUUAUUACUAUUCAUGUCUAAGUUUCUAUAUGCUUCCACAAGACUGAACUAAGUCCCAAAACA